CUCAGUUGGAUGAUCAAAACCGUCACUCUUCAGUCUUCCGAGCCCACCUACGCAACCUUUUCUUUGCCUGCGCACAACACAAUCCCCCAAAACCCUUCCCUUCUUCCCAAACCAAAACCCUAACCAUGUCCGCCGCGGCCGCCGCCGGCGAUACCUCCGGCUCCGUGUGGGCGGAGCUGCGGCUGGCGGACGCGGGAGACGUGCCGCACAUCCACCGGCUGAUCCGGCAGAUGGCGGAGUUCGAGCGGCUGACCCACCUCUUCUCCGCCACCGAAGCCUCCCUCGCCUCCUCGCUCUUCCCCUCCCCCUCCCCACCCCCUCCUUUCCUCUCCUUUACCGUCCUCAUCCUCGACCUCCUCCCCCACCCCCCCUCAAGCCCCUCAAACCCCUCAAACCCCUCCCCAUUCCCCCCCAUCUCCCGCCGCAUCGACCUCCCCUCCCCCGUCCCCGACCCCGAUGCCGCCGCGUUCGCCUCCUCUCGCGGCGGCGGCGGCGUCGUCGCCGGGUUCCUCCUCUGCUUCCCCAACUACUCCACCUUCCUCGCCAAGCCCGGGAUCUACGUCGAGGACAUCUUCGUGCGCGCGCCGUGGCGGCGGCGGGGCCUCGGCCGCAUGAUGCUCGCCGCCGUCGCCGCCCAGGCCGCGCGGAUGGGCAUGGGCCGCGUCGAGUGGUGCGUGCUCGACUGGAACGCCGCCGCCAUCGACUUCUACAAGCAGAUGGGCGCCGACGUCCUCCCCAUGUGGCGGAUCUGCCGCCUCGCCGGCCCAGCUCUCGACGCCUACGCCUACGCCGAGGCCGAGGAAGAAGAACAACCCCAACAAGAGAACUAACAACCAAUCCCAGGUAAUCAAUCAGAUGUUGGAAUAAAUUUGCAUUCGAAUUAAGCUUUUGGACAAUAACAAUAAAGGCUGUUUUACAAAAUUUUGUUGGCUCGAAUGGGCCAGCAUCCUGCUCUGUGGCGAAAGGCCGUGUGUGGGCCGAGUCAUGUUUAAAAUGGCGUGAGGUUGGAUUGGUCCGAGUCAUGUCCGAAGUGGCGUGAAGCUAGUUAGGCCGAGUCACAAUCGAAAUUCAUGGGCGCUGUAUCUGUACGUUUUAAAUGAACUUGUUGCGUAUUUCUAA